AAUAAGUUUCUUCUCCUAGAUUUGGCGCAGCAAAGAUUAGCCGCUGUCAGCUUUUAGGGUUUUAGGUUCCAUCAUAUCGUUAGGCGGCGCAAGUUUGGUUUGCAGAACAACAACAACAAUGGGGCAUUCGAACGUCUGGAACUCACAUCCGAAGAACUACGGUCCUGGUUCUCGCUCUUGCCGAGUAUGCGGGAACUCUCAUGCGAUAAUCAGAAAGUAUGCGCUAAUGAUCUGCAGGCAAUGCUUUCGCAGCAACGCCAAGGAAAUUGGCUUUGUCAAGUACCGCUGAAGACUAAUGAUUCUACAUUGAAUCAUUGAUGGUGCUUUCGACUGAAUAAUGGUGCUGGAGAAUUUCUUUUCUUAUAAUUAGCUUUGUUUAAUCUUUCUGUUAAUGUCUUUUAAGAUUUUCCUUGGGAGUAGUUUUUGCUAGGUAGGACCUGAGUACGGGAAUUAUAUUUAGCCAGGACAUCAAUGUCUUGUCGUGGCUGUUUAAGAACCUGAGAAAUUUAUAUUGAUUUGUUAGUGUUA